GUCUGUUGGAUCCUCAUUUCUUACGAAUUCGUCGAACCCGCUUUGCAAUUAUGAAUAUUUGUCUAACACUAUAUGCAUUAUAAUUUACAUCUGUUAAUCAUCCAGUUUUUGCACCUGAAACCUAACCCUUGUCAAUAGCCUCUAAUCAAGCAACAUGUUACCCCUUAGGCGUUCAAGGCAGGGUAGCGUGAUUUUGUCUUCUUGUUAUAUCGCACCAAACCUGCUGAAAACUAGAUAGAUAAAGACAUGUCCGUUACGAAAACUGUCAAAUCAAAUUUUGAGAGCUUUUAAAGCGUAUGGAAUUAACUCUUGGCAAUGGAAGAUCAAGUCCAAUCAUAUUUUCGACCAAUUUUCGAGAGGGAAAGCGGAUCAACAGAAGAUGUGCCGGCACUUAAAGACCCCAUACCUGCAACCCCUACCUCUCCAAUACACUUCCCCUUGAGGAACCGUCCUGAUGUUCCUCUGACAUCAUCAUCGCCUUCAGACUUUGCACCUCCGCCACACGUUUCCUUCGUGUCACCAACGGAUGUGUUCCAUACUCCGGUCAGGGCACCCCGACGUCGACAACGGACGACGUUCAAUGCCGAGAUGCUUGAUGUCCUUGAAACGGCCUUUGCUCGCACACCUUAUCCUGAUAUCACUCUCCGAGAAGAACUGGCAAGGAUUGUUCAGCUUAACGAGUCGAGAAUACAGGUUUGGUUUCAGAACCGGAGAGCCAAGCAGCGCAAGUUAUCGCGACAAGCUUUUCAUCAUCACCACCAAGUUGCUCGAUCCAUGUCAUCUUCAGAGCGGCCUCUGUGAUGCACUCCACCAAACCUUGGACUGUUCAAUCUCUUCGAUGGUCACCAUACCCAUGAAUUCAUAAUUGAUAAAAGACACUGAUUGCGAAAGUGGAGCUAAUAUACUGUAUGUACAUAUAUAUUACAUGUAAAACAGAGUGGAUUUUGUUUUCAUUAUGAAUGUGCCCCCGGGAAUGUGCACCACUCUAUCGUGUACUGAAAUCAGACCAAAGUCACAAAAGAUGGUUUCACCUUUUUUGUUUGUAAGAGGCGCGGCGCGGUUUCAGGGGGAGGGGGUGCUUUGGAGACUGAAGCCCCCCCCCACCGAAAAAAAAAUUCGACCACAAAGAAAAAUGUAGGCCCUAUAUUCGUAUAUAAGUAUUGAUUAAUGCAGUAUUCCAUUAUGUUUCGUUAGUAAAUGGUCAGCAUUUGCUCGUUUCUAUCAGGGCCCUUGUUAAAAUCAGUACUUCAAAACUAGAUGUAUCCCGAUUUACCGAUUUACUACCAAAACAUAAUAUUGUUUGAAUAUCAUGAGUUUUUUUUUUGUUAUCGCUGCCAUGCAUCAUGAAUAUUUCUUUUUGCAUUUUGUUCGGGGUGAUCUUUUGAACGACCCUUUGUGAUCCAGCGUAGAUUUCAAGACAUGGUCAAUAGUCUCGAUGUUGCGCUUCAUACUUUUUGUUUUUAUUGAUGAUUCAUUGCUUCAUUGUCUGUAUGUAGAAGUGUUCUAUUAUAACAAUAUAAUAAAUCAAAGAAACAAACAACAACAAAAACAUUUAUAUUUUCUAUGGAAGGUAAAGAUCCAGACCUAAUAGGCCUAUACGUGAUGUGAUGAUCUAGUCUGUUCAUAUCAAACUUUAAAAAAAGGUUAUACGAAAAAUAUUCACUCGAUAUUGGAUUAAAAUUCACAAACAUUACAUGAGAGAUUUUUACAAAAACAUAGGGAGAAAUACAAACACUGAAAUAUAUAGCAUCUAUCAUCUUGUUAUUAAUAGAUGAGAGCGGUAUGUCAGCUAGCAUCGGGACUGGGAUGUAUUUGGGGUUCAACAGACACAUACCCCUUUAUUAAUUUGUGGAACUGGUUUAUCUUCAAUGAUAUUAUACCUGGAAUAUGUCUAUUAAUGCCUCAUGAGCCUCCUGUAUACUGUUUAUUAGGAGGAUAAUGGGGUGCAUGCGAAAAACCGAUGGAAUUUUGCCACGAUUCCAUUCCACGUACAUGUAUUGGCAUCGCUCCGAACGUGCGGGGGGAUACCUUGUCGCCUUUGAAGCUAUCGUAAAAUUACAUAUAGCUAUAACCUCCACCCCUCUUUCUCUCGCUCUCUCCCAUUUCUUUCCCUCUCACCUUCCCGUGUUUCUGCAUCUGUAAAUGCGAGCGCGAAGCAUCAGCUGAAUUUCUCCACUACUAAUUUUUGCCAGGUAUAAAGGAAAUUAUGAGGAUAAUGUCAGUCAGUGUCAGUUAAUUAUGCGAGCUCUGAUUCUGGGGAUAAAGACCCAAUGAAUUGCAUUGAGCAUGAGCCGAAGGCUAUCUAACAAUAAAUGCGAAUUCGAUGUACAUUUCAAGGACUGUUUCUUAAAUCAAUCCGAUGAUAAGCAAUCCUUGUCAUGUAGGGAAAUUAUUUUGUGAAUAUAAAAAAAAUUAUGUCGGCCAAACUCAGUGAAUAUGAAUAUCAAGACUUAUGACUUCAAAAUUAUUUGAGAUAAACAAUGGCCUAUUCUGGCCACCCUAAUCACUAUUAUUACUUUUGGGGGAGGGGGCGACGGACUGGAA